UUCGUCGCGAGGUCAGCCAUCAAUACACAGUCUUCGAGUCGAUAAAGUUUGGAGAUUUGUGAAGCAUGAUAUAAGAGGAAACAAUGGGUGUGUACAGCAGCAGUUUUGUAAUCAACCCUCAGAGUAGCAGUGCUGUCAGCUCUUACAGCCAUCCAUCUAAAGCCAACUGGAUCACUGCCCAUGCUAUUGCAACUGAAUUAAGCAUUGCAGAAGUUGAGAGACUGUGGCUACGUUUCCAGCAGCUGGGAUGCAACCAGGAUGGAGUCUUAUCUCCAGAAGUCCUUAAUUCACCAACUCUUACAUCUGAUGUUUUUGUUAAAAAUAUCCUGAAGUAUUUUAAAACACCAGAUGGAAGAGUUACAUUUGAAACUUUCCUUCGUGGUUUAAAGUGGAGUGAGUCACAGGAUGUACAGGUCAAGGCCAGAGGUAUCUUUCAGAUGCUUAACAAUGGAAAUCCAAUUCCUAAGGAAAUGUUUGGUCGGAUUUUGGAAAGAGUUUAUCCGGGGACAGAUAAAAAGGAGGUAACAAAAUUAAAUGAGAUCUUCUUCAAGACUGUAGACAAGAGAAAAGAGAGGACAGUUGAGGAGAAUGACUUCGUCCAUACAGUACUGGCAUUACCAAGAGAACCCGUAUUACAAAUCCUUAACUUCCACAUCCUACCAGAACAUAUGAGAGAAAAUGUUCACAGAAACCUUCCAGAGUUUCAAGUGCCUCACAGAGGAGAGUUUACACCAGUCUACUCACCACAACAACCAGAACCUCGCUACCAGAUGCUCUCUGAACCUAUGCUGCAUGCAAUUGCAGACAAAAUUCACCGUCGGGAUUGGGAAUUGUUAGCCAACAAGCUUGGCUUUUUAUAUGCUGAUGUUGACAACUACAGGCAGAUGUACCCUGAUAAUACACGACAACAGGUAUUUCAGUUGCUUAAAGAUUGGAAGGCACGCGAGGGACCACGUGCACGGUCAGACAUUUUGGAGCAGGCAUUGCGGGAUGUGGGCAUGACAGACGUGUCGUUAUUGCUGGCCCCUUAGUGUGGAUUAUCUGUUCCUUCACUGAGCUGUGUUUGAAAUGCUUUUUUAGUGGAUGUUUCUCACAUUUCACAUAAGAAGGAGACAUUACUUUAAGGUGAAAGUGUACUCCAGAAAAAAGUUUUGGUUUUAAAGAUUUUAUGACAGAAUAAUCAAAUAUAAAAUAGCCAUCUAAAAAAAAUAAGUGAUCACAAUGAAAAUGACUGCAAUCAAUGAUAUUUUUUAAAUGUAUUAUUUUUUUCAAAAUAACUUUCAUACAGUAUCAAAAUACAUAGAUCAUUGAUUUAAGUGUCUUUGUAAAGUAAAAACUAUUAUUUAAAUUUUCAAGAAUGCACAUUUUGAUACUUUCAAAAGUCUUGAAAAUAUUCGCAGUCAAAGUGGGGACCCCCAAAAAUUUAACGAGACAACAGGAAAAUUGUUUCUUUAAAAGCCAAAUACUGCCAGAAUAAUGUUAAUAUCAAUAUGCCACUGCUUGUAAUUGUAGAUUAAUUAUGCAUGAAUAUGACUACAACAUUUCAUUACUGUAGCUUUAACCCAUCCUGAGAUUUUUUUCUGAAAGUGAACGCACCAUGGCCAAAAAAAAUGCGUUUGGAGAAAAUGGAAAAGUAUAAAUUGAUGAGGAAAGGUGUGAAAAACUAAUUUACUCAACAAAUGCAUCUGAACAUUAUGUAUUAAAUGUUAAAGUAUCAGAAAAUCUGUUGUUAUCUCAAACUCGACCAUGGCAUCCCAGAACUGCUACUUUCAGGAGUAUACGUUCACCUUAAGACAGCUUUCUAAUCAGUUUCUGACAGAAGCUUAUUACCUGUUUACAAUUCAGGGUUUUUAUUGACCAGCAUCUUGAUAAUAUGAAUGUAGAAUGUGUGUGUGUUGUCUGUCGAAGACUUUUUUAAUGCUAUGAGUGGUUUUGGUGAGCAUGAAUUCAACCAUAGAAAAGAGAUUUUAAAGUUUAUAAAAUAUCCAAUCUUGGCUGAAAAGUUUACUAAUCAUAAGUCUUUAAAGUUAUUCCACAAACAGAUGGAUCUGUUUAAUGGACUUGUGUUCUAGACUUAGUCUACUAUUAGAUUUAUUUCAGCUUGUAUCAGCUUGCCCCUCUGUGUGUGUGUCUUUCACUACCUUUUUCUUUAAUUUGUCUCUUUUGGUGACAACAUUUUGAUCAUUCAGCAUUCCGUCCAUUUUAGAAGUAAUUAUUUUUAGACGAGUUGUGAUAAAAUAUGAUUUACACUUUACAAAUAUAGAUAAACACUGAGAAGAGGAUUAAUCUGUCAUGUUAUACUUUCGUUGUAUACAUAUUACAGUAUUAAAGUUCUCAACAUUUGAAAA